CCGAGAGCCGCAUGCAUGACACUCCGAAAAGGAGAGAAAAUGACCAUCAGCAUCCAGGAGCACAUGGCCAUUGACGUCUGCCCCGGCCCCAUCAAGCCCAUCAAGCAGAUCUCGGACUACUUCCCCCGUUUCCCCCGCGGCCUCCCCGCCACCGUUAGCCGCAGCAACACCCUGCGCUCUGCCGUCAGCCAGUCAUCUGUCAGCCCCUCCGAGACGCCCCGGGAAGAGGAUGAGGAUGUGGACCAGCUCUUUGGGGCGUACGGCACAACACCCACUGAGCCGCCAGCCCGGCGCGAGCCCGAGGAGGAGGUGGUGGACGCCGAGGGCUACGAGUCUGAUGACUGCACCACGCUGGGGACGUUGGAUUUCAGCCUGCUGUACGAUCAGGAGAACAACGCGCUCCACUGCACAAUCAACAGAGCCAAGGGCCUCAAGCCAAUGGACCACAAUGGUUUGGCGGACCCCUAUGUCAAAUUGCACUUACUCCCGGGCGCUAGUAAGGCCAACAAGCUGAGAACGAAAACUUUGCGGAACACCCUGAACCCCACCUGGAACGAGACCCUCACCUACUACGGGAUCACAGAUGAGGACAUGAUCCGCAAGACGCUCCGGAUCUCCGUCUGCGAUGAAGACAAGUUCCGCCACAAUGAGUUCAUUGGGGAGACGCGGAUCCCACUCAAGAAGCUGAAGCCCAACCAGACCAAGAACUUCAACAUCUGCCUGGAGAAGCAGCUGCCGAUAGAUAAAACAGAGGACAAGUCCUUGGAGGAGCGGGGCCGCAUCCUCAUCUCCCUCAAGUACAGCUCACAGAAGCAGGGCCUCCUGGUGGGCAUCGUCCGCUGCGCCCACCUGGCCGCAAUGGAUGCCAACGGCUACUCCGAUCCCUACGUGAAAACCUACUUGAAGCCAGAUGAGGACAAGAAGUCAAAGCACAAAACAGCCGUGAAAAAGAAAACCCUGAACCCCGAAUUCAAUGAGGAGUUCUGCUAUGAGAUAAAGCACGGGGACCUGGCAAAAAAGACCUUAGAAGUCACAGUGUGGGAUUACGAUAUUGGAAAAUCAAAUGACUUCAUUGGUGGAGUUGUGUUAGGAAUUAACGCCAAAGGCGAGAGGCUGAAGCACUGGUUCGACUGCCUGAAAAACAAGGACAAGAAAAUAGAGCGCUGGCACACGCUAACGAACGAGCUGCCAGGGGCCGUCCUCAGCGACUGACCCCGAGCACAGGCCAGAGACCUCGCGGAGAAUAGCAGAGCUCUCGCAACCUGAACCAGGAACAAUUCAUGCCUUCGGACUUAGAGUUUACUUACUCUGCUAAAAGGGAUGGCGAUACCAAGCCAGCAAGGAGCGGCUUGGCAAAUCCCAUCGAUGGCCAGACUGCAGGGAAAGACCAGUGAACGAGACAACAUUGAUUUUCUCUGUUCAGUGGGUUCUGUCCCUAGGGUUUUCUUCAGGAUGCCUCUAAGCACCUACGCUCUCCAACACACACCUGACACACACCCACGGUGUGAGACGACACAAAGCCUGCAUGCACUAGAAUCCUGACUUGUUUCUAACUAUUUGAUAUACUGGAUUAUCUUCUUGCUGCCUUGCAAUUCAGUGGCAAAAUGAAUGCAUCACUUUGUGUGUGUAGCUAAUAUGAGCAAAAGGCAUUAUUUAUUAAACAUGGAACUAUUUUACUAAGGCGAUUUGUGCCACGUUUCUGGUUGUUUGUCACUUUCUGUGGUUUGGGCCUAACGAGUCUUUAUGCAUUUAAACCUCUCCUUCCGGGGUGCUCAUGUUCUCUGCGCUCAAGAGGCCUCUCUGCUUUUCUCUUGGAAACGGGACGCUUGUCCUGGCUGACAACCUGCACCCAGCACGCCAGCAGGCUGAAAGGGCUGUGCAGUGAGGCUGGGCAGUGUCCACCUAGGAACGGCAGAGGCCCUUGCAGCCUCCUCAGAAAUAAUACACGGUUUUGCAUUUACUAUUUUUGAUCCUUUUAAAUUUCCAAACAUGACAGCCCGGUCUGUUCUAGCACUGACGGCUGCUCCUCUACAGACAGUUGAACUCCACACUGCGCUUCCACACAGCUGCUAUGUCAGAGAAACCAUGGCUCUUCCUUUUCUCCUGGGAGCUAAACAGCUGGGGUUGAACAAGACUGUGCUUCUCUGAAGUUUCCUGUCCAACGUUAGUAUUAGUUUGUGUAUUCCUUUCGGCAUGGAGACAGUGAAGACAGGACAGAAGCCUUGCCACCGGCUAGGUGUGUGAGGGGGGUUAGGCUUGUAGGCUGAAGAGUCCCUGGGCCCAAUCCUGUCUUUGUACAUGGCUGAGACCAGGGAGAAUUGCGCAGUCCCAGAAGGCAGAAAAUGCAGCUUGGUCUUUUCCUUUUAUUCAGUCUUUACCAGGGCAAACAGCACAUAGGGCACCCACCUGCUCCGCUCUGCAGUGCUCUUCUUUGCCUCCAUGCUAGCUUCAGUCAGCAUCAAAAGAACUAGGCCCCGGAUUCGGCACUGUAGAAAUAAAUGGGAUCUUUGUAGGAGCCAGAUCAAAUCCCCACUGCAGCCCCGACCAUCCAUUUAGUGUCAGGAUCUCCCAUCGCAGAGCUGGUCUGAGACUGCAUCCAGCAGCGGUUCUGACCCAAACCCCUCUGCUGGCCCCCGUGCUGUGCACUGACUCUGCUGUUCAUUAACUCUAGCUGGUUCUGCUUCCUGACCCCGGCACAGGUCUUCCAAGCAAGCACAAAGUCCCAGAUGAGCUCAAUGUGUCGCCUGUUGUCAGAAUCCUUGGAAAUGUCCAUCCUUACAUUCGCUCUCCCCUUUCCAUUAGGUCCCAAACAUGGCCUUGUGUGCUGAACAUCCCAGUCUGCAGUUCAGGUGUUCUUUAGACUGAGUGUUAUUUUUUCCCAUUAUAAUGAGGCUAAACCUUGUUUAAUGAGGGGCAACCAUUCAAAAGGUCAUUGUAACAAUAAAUUAUGUGUAGUUCAUUAUACAGAUAUGCAUGAACUGGAUUGGCAUGCCAACAGUGUGUCGAAUUAGAUUAUCUUAAAACUUUGCUCUCUUCCCCCACCCUAUAGUCCCAGCAGGGUAGUCAGGGCCCGCUUUCCCCACCACUCCCCUGUAGAUCCCAUUUGAGGGCACAGACACUGCGUACUUAGUGCCUCUAAUAAAAAAGGCUCUAUGAGUGGCCCAGAAUAAUUGGCAAACCUCCCUUUCCCACCAGGCUGUUUUAAAUGUGCCCUUUGUUUCAGCACCUAUGUGCCAUAAUGCUGGUUUAUGCCUACAGCGGAGCAGGACCGAACGCGUGGAGUCUUUCUUUUUUUGUAUUGACGUCUUUUUUAACUGGACUGUAUAUAUAUGUAUACACACGCUGCAUGCACGGUGGUGGUUGUCAUGCAAGGACUUGUUAAAUGUUUGAUACCAAUGUUUUGCUACCAUGUGAAGGCUGCAGAAAUUGUCCUGAACCUGCAUCCUACCAGACUUUUGUAUUGCAGUAUUACCUACCUGUGUACUUUUGUCAGAUUUGUUAAUAUUUCUAAAUAGAAUCCACAAUAAAAAGGGAAAAAAAGGUCAUGUGUAAAGGCUCAGCUCUCCAGUCUCACCCUCUCUGCACAGUGAUUACACAAACUCAGUCCACUACGCCACGUCCUGCCCGCUCCAAUGUUUGGAUGACCAAAUGAACAGGACACAGACUUUUGCCUCCUUUGAGGCUAUCAGAUUGAUCGGUGUUUUCUUUCUGGUCACAGCAACAGCAGCCUACCGUUUUAACUAGAAAAUGUUUCCUUUGCCAGUUGCAGAGCUGAGAGCCAAAACCUGCCUGCUUGUCUACGGAUGAGUGAUUCCCUGGGGGUCAGCGGGGCAACCCAGGUGAGAAGAGGGCAGGCUCUGGCUCCUGGCUUGUAACAGGACAAGGAGGGGAUGUCCCAGGUGUAUCACUAAGGAACAUUAUUCAGUUGCUUCCUUUGGGUUGUUUUCCAAGGCGCGCUGGCCCCCGGUAGAGCGCUAAAGUCGGGCUCCUUUGUUAUGUUGCAAUUAGCAGCUGGUGCAAGGAAUGAGGUCACAGAGGCUUAUGAACCCAUGUGGGAAAUGAAUGGCAGGAGAAGAUGAAUUAAGCAACCAAGAAGCUCCCACAGUGGCAGACAAUAAGGUGUGAAAUUCAAGCCAAGAGGUAGCAGUCAUUAGCAGACAGCACUUAGAAUUGGGAGUGAGGAAUGUCUCCAGUUUAAUCUCAGCUCUCGCUGUGUGGCCCUGGGCAGAACCAUGCAACUCCUUGGCCUCCACCGGCCUCCCCAGCUGUAGAAAGGGGACAGUGAUCUACCUCACCAGGGUGCUGCAAACUCUGGAAAUUCAAAGCGCUGCACAGGCAGGGCUCUGGCUAACAGACGGGAAGAGCCCUGGGUGCUUGGAGCUCCUGCAAGGCCGUAGUCAUUUCCAGGGGUUUCUACAGCACCAGUACCAGGCGCACGGUGCGAGGCAAGAGUGCUCUGCUGGUGGUGUUGCAGGGUGGCUUUAUUUCUAACAUGCUAAAAGGCAGACAAGGUUCUUUGGGUCAAUGCGGUAUCUUUCAUUAGACCAAGUAAAUAGUUGGGAAAAUUGUUUCUUUGCAAGCUUUUGGGCACAAACACCCUUCUUCAGGCAUAGGGAGAACACCCCUGACAUGCUAAAACACUCUUUCCAGUCCUUCUGGUGACUGAGCGCUAGGCUUGCCAGGAUACUCAGAGGAGCAGUGACACCUUUACUAAUUCCCUGGUCAGCUCAAGGCUACACAAUGACCAAGGACUCAUUUCUGCACAGUUGUUUGGGGAGUGAGCGCUGAGAUUAAAGCCACCUUUAAUGGAAUGGGAAGGUUGAAAGUGGCAGUUCCAAGGGGCUGAGAUCAGAACAAGCUGAGCAGCUCGACCCACCCCAGGAAUGACCAUCCUGCUUUCAGAGGUGCCACUUAGGGAGGGGAGUGCAAGCACUCGCUCUUCUUUUUUUAGCAACAGGAAGCAGUUGCUCUGCAUGUGAGACCUGCUGAAUAUCCCCUGGCGUUCUCUAAAGAAAGCCUCUUUCCUCAGCGAGCCCUUCCAUGGUAAUGAGCAUAACCCAGCAUGCAUCUUCCCAGCUGCUUACAGAGGCCCAACAGUAAGCCGGCAGCGGCACUUACCUCUCAGCAUGGUGCUCAGCCACCUUUCCUUGCAAGGGGGAGCGAUCCGGGUUGCAGAGCUGCACGUACACGAUGCCACACUGCCCUGGUGAGCUGCGCACCUGGAAAUAACACUGCGUCGGGUGCAUCUCGAUGGCGCUUAGAAUACGAUAAGCUGCAAUGAAAGAUGCGGGUGUCUUAUGUUUACAUGACUGACCCAAAUGCACUGCGGUUUCUAACAGAUGGGCCUUUUCUUUUCCAAACUGCCACAGCUUACUCUCAGCGAGGCUGCAGUCAGCUCAAUAAAACCAAUGGCUACUGGAUUUUUGCAGCAAGCCUGUUGUUGUUUUUAAACAACUGACAGACUACACGGGCACUAAUACUGCGCCAAACCUUUCCCCAAGUGUCUGCCUCUCAGCUUUUAAUCCAAAGCCUGUCUUGGUCUAAGAGCAGCUUCAGAUACUACUACAGUUCACCAGCGAGGACCUUGGAAUAAAUCUAGCUGUGCCUAGGAUACACUCGAGGGUGGGGUUUUUUUUAGUAAUUUUCUUGUGUGUGACCCCUGCUUAUUCUGACCCGCGAUCCCCAUGGUCCUUCUGAGCACAGGGAUGAUACUUAGCUCACGACUCGUAUAGUAAAACUGGCUGAUGCUGCAGGGGCUGGCUGGCUGGCUGGGGUUUUAAUGGCAAUCGUCUGUUUGUAGUGAUACUCCAUUGUAAUGUCAAAGGUUAAUAUUAUUUUUGGAGUUAAUUUAAGCAGCUGGGGAGAGCAUGUAUUGUAUUCAUGUACCAGGUUUGAUUUUUGUCUUUUUAAAAAGAAAUAAUAAAAAUUACAAGCAGCUUC